GAGGUUUCCCUGUGGUGUUGACCUCUCUGUCAUCAAAGCCGUUGGUAGUGUUUGUCUCAUUGCUUCUCCUUGUUUUAUGUGGAUGUUGCAGCCUGUUGAUGCGGACUCUGUGGAAGAUGGAAAAGCUCUCAGCUCUGGUCCUGCUGACAGUGAUCGCCGUUGCUGUGGCAGAGAAUGAAAGUCCUUCAAAUGAAGACAAUGAAGACAAUCCCUUUAAAUUUGAUUAUUACCGACUGCGAGUGGGCGGCCUGAUCCUGUCGGCGGUGCUGUGUCUGAUCGGCAUCACCAUCCUCCUCAGCGGACACUGCCGAUGCAAAUUCAAGCAGGACAAGAGGCGCAGGACCGGACAUGCAGGGGCUCCAGGUCAGCAGCUACUCAAUGACCAAGCCCGGGCCAGCGAGUGCUGAGAGGGAACUGGAGAUCAUGUGAUGCACCAUUUAGUCUGUUACCUUGGUGACUAAAAGGAAAGGGGUGGGUGUGGUGUGGAAUGGGGGCGGUUUAAGGAUUUUAGCUCAUGUCAUUGGUUGCUAAUUUGAGGGGGUGGGGCAUCUCUGCCAAAGGCACUGCUGCCUGCACGUCUCUCACUAUAAGAUGGUAACUAAUGUAGCACAGUCUGUAUGGCAAAGUGGUUUUUAUUUUUUGUAUGUAUUUAAACACACCAAUAAAGCUGACCAUGUUGUGCCUAA